GGCCGGCGAACCCUGGAAGUAGUGCUCAGAGAAAGGCUGCCGAGAACUUUCGGGAGGCAUAUAUCAGCUACCGCGAGAAAGCACGAAAAUGCCUUAUCAAAGCAAACCUGAUCGAUGAUCCCGACAAGCGACGAGCACUGUCAGACGCUCUUGAGUUUAAGGGAAUUUGCGAAGACAUGUGUCCGGACUGGGAGCGAAUCACUCGAAUCAUACAGCAUGACGUGAAGCGUGAGGAACGGGAAGAGAUCAAUGGGGAGAGCCAGGCAAACAUCGAACUCAUGGUCACCCGACAUGCGCGCUCGUCGGCGGGCCAGGAUGCUCCGUUACCAAUGGACGUACGCUCGCCAGGCGCACUCAGACGGACCUUGAACUACAUGAUCGACGAGCUCAUACCCGAGGAUCAUCUACUACCAGCACGACACAACUUCUUAUGGGACCGAACGCGAGCCAUCCGCAAGGACUUCAUCUACCAAGAAUAUGCCAUGGGACACGACGAGAUGAAGGACUAUAUCUACUGCCUGGAAACCAUCGCCCGAUUCCACGUCACUGCUCUGCAUCUCCUCACACAACCUGACUUUGCCGGGAAGGACUUCUCCGCGCAGCAGGAGAACGAGCAACUGGAGAAGACGUUGAUAUCGCUCAUGCAGGCGUACGACGACUGUGCAAAGCAAGGAAUCGAGUGUGAGCAUGAAGCUGACUUUCGUAGCUACUACAUCAUCGUCAUGGCCGAUAAUCCUGCUUGGAUGGACGUCGUGCAGAGCUUCGCUGCCCGAUUUUGGAACGAUUCAGACUCAAUCAGGACAGCAUCGAUACUAGUGGAGUCGCUCAAAAACGUCUGGGACAUGCAAGGGCCGUUGAUGCCACCUGGGACGAGCGAAAUGGCGUUGCCCAUCAUUUCUGCCUUCUUCGACAUUGUCUCCAGCCCGGCAAUCUCAUACACGAUGGCGUGCUUCGCUGAAAUCCAUUUUCCAAAGGUCAGGCGGUUGAUGCUGAAGAUCUUGCGGGAAGCAUACUGGCGGCCAAAGACUGGUCCAACCGACUUGACCCCGGCAGUCAUCCAGAGACAGCUGCGACUUGACUCUGAAGAAGAAGCCAUCGAGUUUGCAAAGAGCCAAGGCUUCACAUUUGGCUUCGCAAAUGGCCAUAUGUACGCCGUCAACAAUGCACGGCAGGCCCUCUCUGAGGACAAGCCACCACGCAUGUUUUCGAAGAGUCUUGUAGAGCGAAAACGUGGGAACCACACCCUUGCCGAGGUGAUAUACACAACAUUCUACGAGGAGCCUGCAAGCACAAAGCAGGCUUCUGCCAAGAACGACAGCCUCUUCGUCGACGAUUCAUCUGAUGUCCAACUUGGAACAGAUAGCCCGGUCCUGAAGCCGUUUGACGCUACAACAAGCGGCUCCGGAGCACGUUCGCCUUUCGCGUUGCCAUCCCCAGCUGCGCAAGAAGUGCCGCCAAAUUCCACGACUUCAUCAAGACCCUCAAUGUUCCCAACCCCUCAUUCCCAAGCGGUCCCAACUUCCGAGAAACAGAAUUUCUUUUCGACACUGCCGCCGCCAAAUACCGACCAAGCAAGCAACAAGACCACUUUCGCCUCCACAGCUGGCUUUGCUGAAGCUUCAGUAAAGCCAGCUGUUAAGUCCUUUAUGCCGAACAUUGCAAGUGCCAGCCCUGCAACGGCUUCUAGCAAUCUUCCCAGUGGUAAGACUAUCACGGUCGAAGCAGAGAAGUCAAACCAAGCACCCGCGCCACCUAAGCCGGGUGGCUUCAACUUCUCGUCGGCCCAGAACCCACCGUCCUCUACUUCGCCAAGCAUCUUUGACAAGCCAACAUCAUCCGCUCUGCCUGGAGCCGCUUCCUCUGCCACAACCGGUUUCGUCUUUCCGGGCUCCGGACCUGCUGAAAGUCUUAAACCGACGCCACUUUUCCCGACAACCUCCGAGCCGAAACCAAAUGCUCCGUCAUUUGUAUUCCCGCCACCCUCCACAACCGCACCGAAAUCCGCACCAUUCACAGCCGGUAGGUCCAUUUCAUUUGAGGCUUGUUUGGUUCUAGGCCAGAGAUAUUGUGAUUCCUUUGGUUCAACUUUGAGCAUACGCUGCAAAAUCUAAAUUUCCAAGUGCUAAACAUUUCCAGGAACGGAUCUAUCUGCGACAACCAUAACGGCUACGGAUGGGUCUAAACGGCCCACGCA